CGUUCAAAAGAGGAUCAAACUAAAGAAACCGUUUCAAUUAAACAACAAAGUUUACAAAGUUCUUAAAAUGGAGAUUGCUAGAUUCGCCGUCGCCGUCGUUUUGGUGUUUUGCUACGUCUCGUCGUCUAACGCCGCAACUACACCGCCGAGCGGAGGAGGAGGAGGAGGAGGAGGAGCAGAUGCGCACUCAAUGCCGUGUAUACAGAAACUAAUGCCGUGUCAGCCGUAUCUUCACUCGGCGACACCGCCGCCGCCGCCGACGUGUUGCAUGCCGUUGAAGGAGAUCGUAGAGACCGACGUGACGUGUCUUUGCUCCGUCUUCAACAACGUCGAUAUGCUUAAAUCGCUUAACCUCACUAAAGAAAACGCUCUUGUUCUCCCUAAAGCUUGUGGCGCCAACGCUGACGUGUCACAAUGCAAAGCCAGCAGCACCGGUACUACUUCGCCGAUGACGCCGCCGGCAACUCCAAAAACUCCUCCGGCAUCUUCUACAGGAAGCGGUUCCACCGGAGAUUCAGCUAAUUCUUCGACGGCCAAACCAACAAACUCGGCUCCGACCAUCAACUUCGCCGGACUUAGCUUCGCAUCUGCUUUCGUGGCAUUGGCAACUAUCUUCUUCUGA